AAAAUGGCCGCUGUGCUGCAAGUGCACUUUUUUUUAUAAUAGACCAAUCCGAUCGAAACCAGCACGCGAAGCCCUUAAUUUGGAACUCCUGUUGAACGGAAAGCCAUCAGUGGGGCAGUGGAAUCAUGGAGGAGGUGUCGGAUACUGCAAUGACAACUCUGGAGUCAACCCAAGCGGAGGAACCACCACUAGGAGUCGAAAAAUCUGAGAACCUAGAACCAAAAACGACGGCGUUGGAAACACUCUCAGAAAGUGCGGGUCCCACUGGUUUGGAGAAUAAGCUGGCCAAUCUCAACGGAUCUGAAGAGGGUCCCUGCUUGGAUGAGCUGAGCACGCUGGAGCGGGAGAUAGCUAAGCUGCAUAACAUUCGACCGCCGGAUGCGGCGUCCGAAGCUGAGGAUUCCGUCACACCAAGUGGCGGAUCAGAAAAUGGUGGCUUAGAGCCCCGCCUGGCCCCAGAUGAACCUAAAUGUCGAUCCCCAAUAAUCGAAGAAGGCAACACUGCCUCAGGCAACGGCCAGUCCAGCGAAUCCCCCUUGGAAGAGGUAGAUCUCAUUGCCCUGCUCAAGGGGACGGAUACCAGCCAUGACCAGCCAACGGGACAGGAAAAGUGCACCUUGGAGAAGGCUCUUUCCGAGCUUGACGGCGUUGGAGAAGAUGGGGAUGUAGGUGUUACCAUCGAGGGCGAAGGACAGUUCGAAAUCAUGGAAAUUGACGACGACGAGGGAGAGUCAUCGAGUCGAAAAGCCAGCCCCAAGGUACCUGCGUCCAAGCCCAUCAAAACUAACUCCUUGCCUUCUAUUUCCAAGCAUAAGCUUUCCCCGGAACAAGCCAGAGCUGUUGCUCUGGAGCAGAUGGCCGGUCUAAAGCCAAAGUCGCGUCGUAAGGAGCCGCCUGCUCCGCCUUCUGUGGUCAAGCCAAUAGAUAUUGUCAGCUCGCUGAACGAUGACUGGGACGACUACGACUCUGAGGAAGACAAGCCGGCUUCCGCGUUGGUGAAAGAAGUGAUAACUAUGCCUCCAGCACACGUAGUCACUAAGAAGCCACCUCUGGCUGUGAAAAAGUUGUCAUCCCCAGUUAAGCACAGCCCGAACUCUGCAAUUUUGCUAAACAACAAGAUCAGCGGAGUAAAAGUAAUGUUAAAGACCGUGAGCCAAAAGCAACUUGCAGCCUCAACAGGGGCAGCAGCGGAAAAACCCAAGCCGACUGUCGUUGUGUCACCUCCCAAGAACACCGAAGAGCAUACUACGGGGUUCAAGCGCAUGCGUGUAAUUAAAAGGAAGAUAAUCUGGGACCCCGAUGUACCCGAGACGAAAAAAUCGUUUGCGCAGUAUGCCAACCCAAAGGCAGUAUCUCCAGCACCCCCCACACCAAAAACAAAUGUCAAAAGCAUUUCGCCCACUACGACGACUAAGAAGGAGGUGGCGCCCAAAAAACGGUCAGCUACACCUACUGCUCGGUCUACUAAAGCUGGCACGCCGGUCGGGGGAACAGAGCGGGGUCCCUCGCCCGUCAAACGACGGGCGCAAACUCCGAACACAGGUCUAGCCAAUGGCGGAACUCAAAAAAAGAAAAAAGUCUCUGAGAUCGAUCGCCUGAUGGGCGACGAGGGAGCUGCCAAUAUGAUUCAUGCAGUUGAGCAUGAGCAGCGGGAAUUGAGUGGUGGUGAGGUGUCCAAUAAGCCGCUGAUGCGCAAACGAGCCAUGACCAUAACCGGAAGGAACCAGACAGCACGAGUUGCAGUGGAACCAACACCGCCCAAAAAAGAGUCAGCCCAUUCGGCCGCCAAACGAACGCCUGCAGCAGCUGAUUCCGUUUUUACUAAGGCCACCGCGAACACAUCUGCCCGUAAGCCUCGCGCCUCCGACUCAUGGGACUAUGUUUACAAACAGCGCGCCAGCGAGGAAUCGAUGAUCAUGCGUCGGCGCUCCAACAGCUCGUACUCCAGCAACGCCUCCGUCAGUCGAAAUUCGCUGGACAAUAGGCCCGGAGCAGCCAAUCUGUCUGAUGAUGCAGGCGAGGGCUCAGACCCGUCAUUUAAGUUUGUAAAGCCCGUAAGCAAGUCGAGCCAAAGGGGCGGAGAAGAUACCUCCUCGCAUACGUUGGCUAACGAUAUGAAGGCGAACAACGGUAGCGAACUGGUGUGCCUGCACAAGGUUAACAAAGUUGCUCACCUGGUCAUCCACACGCAACGAGGAAACUUUGGUCAUACGUACAGCACGCAGCUGCUGGAGCAGUUGAACGACACACUGUCCAGUGUUGCCCGCAAAGGCGAGUUCAACACGGUGUUGCUUACCGUCGAGGGUCCACAGUUUUGUCAGGGCAUCGAUUGCCAAGAACUGAUUCAGGGUUCCCUGGAGAAGCGAAAGGAUAGUGCCAGUCAACUGGCUGCGGCCCUAAAAGGCUAUCUACGCACUCUGGCCACAUUUCCUAAACCCUUGGUGGCGGGCAUUGUUGGCAGCCAAAUUAAUUUGGGCGUUAUGCAGCUUCCCUUUGCUGACUACGUGGUGGCCUCUGAUGAUUGUAGUUUCGAGACUAACUAUGCCAAAUUGGGUCAGCUGCCCGAGGGCUUUGCUCUGUGGCAUGGUCACCAAAGAGUUUCCAGUGAAGUGCACUCUCGUUUGUUUCUUCUGGGUGAAAGACUGUUCGCAACGGAACUUUUGGAAUCGAAUAGUUUCGUUGACAAGAUCUGCAAGGCCCGUAAUGUCAACGAAGAGUCUCUGGCCAUAGCCAAACAGAUAUCCACUAGCUCUGCGGAGAUGUAUCGUACGCUGAAGAAACUCAACCACUCCGCCAUCAAUGCCACGAAAUUCCCGCGUCUGGAUGAGGAACUAAAAGUUAUAGGCGAGCAAUGGGUUACUGCCAAUUGCUUGGCCAAUUUUAAACGCUAUCUUAACGACGUUGAUUUCUAGAGCAUAGAUUUAUAGUUACUGUAUACCAUUUGGGAAUUCACAUUCAUGCAUACAAACCAUUUAAAGAUUAAUUGAUAUUUUUAGUUGAGUCCUUUUAGGAGUUUUAUUCUGGACCAUGAGACUAUCGCCCUAAGAUUUUUUGUACUCCUUCCCAUAAACACACGUGUAAAAUGUUUGAUCCUAUUGUAAAGUACGAACGCUGUGUAAAUUGUAAGAAAUUCGGAGGCAGGAGUUAUUCUAUUAUGUUCUAUUAUGGUUUGAAAGGUAACUCGUUUAGUUGGAAAGUUUGGGUUGGAAAGUUCGCGAAUCAAAUGAUCGCUUACAUGUUUUCAAUUCGAAAUUUUAUUUUCCGUCAUCCGAAAUCCCCAAAUAGUUAACUUUUCAAUAAAACAAUGAAGUUUAAGAUCCCAUGCAAUAUAUCUUGUGUUAUAUGAAAAAAUGUUAAGCCUCAAAAUGAAAUAAAAUAAGAUGAACAGCUCCCAUAAACGGAACUAAUCAAUUGAAA